UUUCCGAAAGAUUAUAAAAUUAAAAGAAUUGAAUCAGUGGAAACUAUCCGCCAAUUUCCAUCCCGAAGCCAUGGGAGCUCUCUCCGAGUUCUUCUCCCACCUCCACACAAUGACCGCAGUCUUCGUCACCCUUUUACUUCUCGAAUGCGUUACUCUCAUUCGCACCAUCUUCGGUUUGAGACCUAACGCCGACAAGCGCGUAAUUACGACGGCGCAGUUUUUGAAAUUGAUCGAGGAGAAGAAUCCGACCAUCCGAUUCUCCAAGAAAGUCACCUCGAGUUCGGACGAUCAGUGCGCCGUUUGCCUCUCUGAAUUUGAGGAAGGGGAGAUGGUACGGAAAUUGCAAUGCAACCAUACUUUUCACAAGGAUUGCCUCGAUAAUUGGUUGAAACUCUUUUUUGCUACCUGUCCGCUUUGCCGGUGUAAGGUUUUGCCGGACGAUAUCGUCGCCGGUUACCGCAGGCUGCGAGACCGUGUAGAGUACGACGGCAGCGAUGAGGAGCUCAUCUUUUUGUUAUCGGCAUUACAUGCUGCCGGCUACAAUUAUCUGUAAGCUCAGUGUGGUGCUGAAAAUAAGGGACAUUCUGGAUGGUCUAACAUUUAUAUAAUUAUACAGUUCAUGAAUAUAAAGAUUAACCGUUAUUUUUUGUACAGUAAAUAACUGAAAAGUUAUAACAAAAUAGUCCAUUGUUAUGAUUGUAAUUUGUGUGGGAGUACACUUUUGCAAUUAGUUACAGAUACUUUGUGACCCAUUUAAAUUUAUUGAUAACAAUAGAAAUGUGGAGAUUUU